AGGUGAUCAACAUGGUCGAUCCAGUCGGUCGACUAAUAUUCAAACUACCGCCAUUGGCUCGGAUAAUUACUGUAUUAACGGGUGCUGUACUUAUUCAUUUAACUAUAGGAACAUAUCAUACUUUCGGUAAUAUGCUACCUUAUAUGGCUUCGUACAUGCGAAAUUAUACUGAUCGUAGCAUACGGAUUGAAGAUUUCAUGUGGAUUCCAACAUUCCAAGGUUGCUUUCCGUUCGCAAUGGUGAUUGGUGGGACAUUGGCGUUGCAUGUUGGGCCACGGAUGGCUGCUCUUAUUGGUUGCACUAUUGCCACAUCUGGUGUUGCUCUUUCAUUUUGGGCUAUAAAAUAUUCUUUCUUCUUAUUUUUUGUUACUUAUGGCCUUCUUUUUGGCCUUGGACAAGGUAUCGCAUAUGUUACUGCUGUAGCAACCGUAAUAAAUUGGGCUCCGGAGAAAGUGGGGCUGGUCAGCGGCAUUGUUGCAGCUGGCUUUGGUGUCUCGUCGUCUAUUUUUGCUCCCAUACAAACAUACAUUAUCAAUCCGAAAAAUCUACCAUCUACUCGUGAUGGCUAUUUCCUUGACAAAGAUCUCUUACAACGGGUACCAGAUGUAUUCCUAACUUUAGCUGCAGUUUAUGCCAUUAUGCAGAUGAUAGGCCUUAUAGUUGUGUGUGAUCCACCUGAAAAGAUCCGUAGCUCGGGACUCGGCUCCAUUUCCGAAUUCAUCGGAAGCUUUCGAAAUCACACGAAGCGUCGGACAGAGUUCUCAACCGUCCUAUAUAAGCAACUUCCGCGGGAAGAAAUAACGACUUCCCAUGGUACGACUGCCAGGCACCGAUCUGUAUCGCGCGAUUCAAGUGAUAGCGACGAAUCCGACUCCUCCGAUGUAUUUCUUACUGAGCGGAAUAAUGAGACAUCCAUGCGACCAGCGGAAAUGCUCGCAUCAUCCACUUUUUAUUUUCUAUUCGCAGCCUUGUUCUGCUGUUCGUUCUAUGCCAACAUGUUCUACAACCUUUACAAGACAUUUGCGGAAACGUUCAUCGACGAUGAUUUCUUUUUGGCGAGGGCAUUUGCCAUAGGUUCGACUGUGAAUGCUUUUGCUCGAAUUGGAUGGGGCUAUAUGACUGAUCGAACCAAUUUUCAGGUGGCGGUCUCGACAGCAACGUGUUUGGCUUCUGCCCUUUUGCUAACUAUGCCUAUCACAAAGGAACUGGGUAGAUAUGCAUUCCUGCUAUGGCUUGUGGGAAUUUUCAUAUGUAUGGGAGCCACACAUGCGCUCUUUAUUACCGCAUCGGUGAGAUGCUUUGGCGACAAAUAUAAAGCCAGCAACUAUGGAUUCCUGAUAUUUUCUACGACCUGCAGCGGUAUAAUGCUGUCGUUCGUGUCCGAGUAUUAUUUGGCGACGAUUGGAUAUACUUAUCUCUUUAUAAUCACUGCUCUCUUCCCUUUCACGGCAUUCAUUAUCACCUCUUUAAUCCAUCGGACACCACAAGGAGCUAAUAUAUGUGGUUAAAAGAAAAAU